UUCAUCACGGUGGUGCACAACACGGACCGGUUGAUGGCCGCCAACGCGAACAAUUACGGUCUGCUCGGCCGGGCCGUCGUCGCUGACAACGCGACCACUUCGCUGUUGCGCCUGUUCGACAAGAGCCUGUUAUGAUAUUUCGCGUUGAUCGGCAUUCCCGUGAACGUCUACUACAUUUACACGGUGUCGUUCAUCAGCAGCCCCGCCGGCCUCUUGUGGUGCCUGGUGUUGGUGGCCAACAACCUGUCCGGCUUCUGCUGCGACUUGCAGUUUAUCCGGUGCGCUUGCAUGCUCGACAACAGGUUCUGCACCAUCAACGAACAACUCGGAACCAUCGCUUCUAAUUGGAACUUCAAGCGCGAGGCUUUGGUGGAAAAGAAAACGUGUCGGGCUUUUUUGUCUGAACUGUCGUACGGACACAAAUUGUGCGAUUCCAUUGAAAUUUACAGAUAUUGUUACGGUCAGUUUUGCGACAUGGUGAGUCUGUUGAACUCGACUUACCAGCUGCAUCUUCUGGGCUCGAUUUCAGCUUGUUUCCUGAAAAUACUGUUCAACAUAUAUUUCGCCAUGUUCGGAUACGUCGUCGGCACAAACGGCCCAAAGGAACAGGACGAACUAGUGCGGGCCAUCUGUUGGAUGAUCUAUUACAGUUUGAGGUUUCUCACCAUUAUAUGGGUGGCCAACAUUACCGCUAAGCAAGCACUCAAGGCCAAAUCAUUAGUGACCGAUAUAAACAAUCGAUAUUUGGAUAGCAGCACCAAGGAAGAGUUACAAUUGUUUUUAGACCAAAUAUGCAAUCGUAGCAUAGAGUUUACAGCUUGUGACUUUUUCACAUUAAACACACAUCUGAUCACAUCGGCCAUAGCUGCCGGAGCGACCUAUCUUGUUAUAUUAGUACAAUUUCAUUCGGGUAAAGAUUGAAGAAGAAUCUUCAAAACCAAUAAUUUAUGCUUCGAAAUCCGACUAAUUAUUCAAUUUUUCAA